AUGGAGUUGAGAAUCAAUUCUCUGCUGGUUUUGAUUGUCCUCUGGGAUCCUCUGUGUGUCACUGGUUUCAAAUCUAAAACUGCAGCACAUGAGAGAAACUCUGAACAGUCGCGGGAGACUCUGAUGGGUCAGACAAAGCAUCUGCAGGUCAGGCCUGAAAACUCAGUUCACAUUCAUCCAGGACAAACGCUGACGCUUCAGUGCGGAGAUGAGGGAGAUGAAGUGCUGGCGCAGUGGUGGCAGACGCCUUUCGGCCUGUUUGACGGCUGUAACCACCAAAACAGCAAAACAGACCCAGUGGAAACAUGCAAUGGCACUUUGAGGAUUUCAAGAGCCACAUCCAGCCAUGAUGGACUCUAUUUCUGUGUCCGUCUGGACGAGAUGAGCAGAACAAUUGUGCCUUAUAGAAUUAACAUAGCAGCCAUCAAGAAAGGGCAGAGGAAGACCAGGGAGGCAGAGGUUCACGCCGACACAGUGUCAGAAAGCCAUUUCGUGGCGGCUGUGACAUCUUCAGUGAUCAUGAGCUUUUUAGUGGCCUUCACACUCGGUGCGUUCAGUAGGUCCUAUGUCAUAAAGUGUCUACGAACGAUAUGGGCCAGUGUGCCUUAUAGAAAAGACCAUCACAUCAAUGGACAGAAGAACUUACAAACCUCCAGUGCACUAAAUGAGACAGUGUCCUUCCAUAAAAACCAAAACAAUGGUGAAGACACUGUGGACAUUGGUUUGGUUGAUCAGGAACGCAUGGAUGUUGAUAAUGCAGGAAAUGAGCCUCAGCGAUGUGAAGCAGAAGAACAAACCCAAGAGUCGAGAUCAGCGGUUAGUCCACAUCCAAAGAAGAAGAUCCGCGUCAUUAAAAUCUACAACUAUGAUGAAGAAGGGAAUCCAUACAGCCACAUCAAAGACUCUGGGAUGGAGGCUGAAGACCAGGUCAGGCCCAAACUGAGGACCAGGUCACUGACGCGACUCAGUGCCAUCAUGAAACAAGCAGAAGCUCUAGACUUCAACCCAGCCGUAGAGUCGACCGAGGGCCAGACCAUUCCACCAGACCCUACAGCUACAGAAGGAGACACUAGAGACUCACAAACAGGCCGAGAGACAUGA